AUGAAAGAGAACAACUCAAACACAAACACAAACACAAACACCAUGACUCAACAAUCCUCUACUAAACCACAUGAUCAAAUGGAUCUUGAAUUCAAGAAACCUCGUCAACUCAAAGACAACAAUCUUAAGGAGCACACAAACAUGGAUGUAACAAUAGGGACAUUAGUUGUUGAGGCUGAGGAGGAAAGUGGGAGAGAGAAGCUGAAGAGGCAUAGAGUUGAGAUGGCUGGAAGAGUAUGGAUUCCAGAUAUAUGGGGACAAGAGGAGUUUUUGAAGGAUUGGAUAGAUUGUACAACGUUUGAUCCUCCUUUGAUUUCUUCUGCCAAAAUUGUGACAGCACGAACAGCUUUGGUUCAAGAAGCCACUGCUGCUACAGCUAGGUGUUAG